UCGAUUAUCGGUCCAAAGUUCAACAUACAAACACCAUCCAAUGGACGCGGUUACAAGAGGAGCAUCAUGUCUUUGAAAACGUUUUCCUGCAGAGUUUUGUGCAAACUUUUGAGCCCCGGUGUCGCCUCGUGCACACCGAUCAGUGCACGAGAGGUAGCACGGGGCUCCGCGCGGGGCUACUACAACACCGGGAAACCCAGGUACCCCGGGCCGGGCGGGGCGGCUCACUCCCGGGUGGUGGACCUCCGCAGCGACACGGUGACCAAGCCCGGGCCGGCGAUGAGGCAGGCCAUGGCGGAGGCCGAGGUCGGAGACGACGUGAUGGGAGAAGACCCGAGUGUUAACGAGUUACAGAGGAUUGCAGCUGACAUGUUUCAGAUGGAGGCCACGCUGUUCGUUCCCUCUGGAACAAUGAGUAAUCUCAUCGCAGUGAUGGUGCACUGCAGGGAGCGUGGCGACGAGAUGAUCGUGGGCGACCUGUCCCACUUACACAUCUACGAGCAAGGAGGGAGCGCACAGCUGGCCGGUGUCCACGCCACCACAGCCACCACCCUCCCCGAUGGAACGUUUGACUUGGAGCAGCUGGAGUCGAAGAUCCGCCACGGUUACCCCGACCCCCACUACCCCCGAUCUCGCCUCAUAUCUGUGGAGAACACCCACAACAUACAGGGAGGACGGGUGCUACCUCUGACCUUCCUGCAGGGGUUUGGGGGCCCCAGUGGGAACUAUACUGGCUGGACCCCAAGACUUCAUAUCCCGGGCAGUACGGUGCCGUAAAGCGCUGGGUGGGGGGAUGCGACAGGCCGGUAUAUUAGCCGCAGCUGGAAAACUGUCUUUACUGGAGAUGGUGGGAAGACUGGAGGAGGACCACCGCAAUGCUAAAACCUUUGCUCAAGCUCUGCUCGACUGCGACCCUCCUCUGUUCGCGGUGGACAUGGCCGCCGUGGAGACAAACAUCCUGCGUUUCCGUCUAAAGGAGCCCGGUUUGAGUCCCUCCGAGUUUUGUGAACGCAUGGGUGAGGUCGGCGAGGGAGAGGAGGCGGCGCUCGGACAGGGGAUACAAGUUCUCAUGUACCCCCAUUUUGGAAAUUCGGUACGGGCCGUAUGGCAUCUUGGGAUAUCCCCUGAGGACACCCAGCUCGCCAUCCAGAAAAUGCAAUUUGUGGCUUCUCGGUAUUUGCAGGAAAAAGUCAGC